CUACACUUUAGUUCCUUUCAACAAUGGAUGAAGAGGUAACAUAUGCUGACCUUAGGUUUCAUGUUUCCAGCCACGUGUCCCCUAGCUGUACAUUGGAGAAGAACACAGAAGUUGCUUCCUCUGAACAUAAUAAUAGACGGUGCAGAUGUCAGAAGAAAACAUACAUUAUAAUAGGGAUACUGGUCGGCUUCCUUCUUCUUGCUUUGAUAGCAGUGACUAUUUUGUUUUCCUUUAAAGUAUUGCAGGCAUCUGAAAAACAAAAUUAUUACCGGGGUAGAAUUCAGAGCAUCUUACACACACUGGAAAAUGUGAAAAAUGACCUGUGCAUAAACAAUGAAGGGGAGCAAAAAGACUCCUGUCUGAUUUGCCCAAUGAACUGGGUUCUAAUACAGAAGAAAUGCUACUAUAUGCCUGAUCACAUGCUGUCAUGGCAAGAAUCUCAGAGGUUUUGCUUAUCUCAAAACUCCAGUCUUUUCAUGCCAAAAACAUUAGAAGAAAGGGAUUUUAUUAUUUGUAAUUUCCGGCGAUGGAUUCAAUCCCAGUUAUGGAUAGGUCUUACAUGUUCCUUACAAUCAAAUGGGAAGUGGUUGUGGCUAGAUAAUACAACAUACAACGUGUACAGUUCCCAGUGCAGAGAACUAAGAUGCGCCUCUUUUGACUACAGUGUAUAUUUGUACCCAUCAUGCGGCACUCAGCUGAACUUGAUUUGUCAAAGAUUGCCUGUAAAUCUUCCUGAUAUAAGUUAAAACAGCAAGAGACCAAUGAAUGUUCUGGAUCACUGUAAAGUAUGCCAUUACAUUUUCCGGAUGAAAGGAUUUAUAUGUUAUUUUUUUCUUAAAAGAAAAAUUAAGCAACUUCCUAAAUGAUCCACUUUAAAAAUGUUCUAGCGUUUUGUGGCAAUAGAGAUUGUAAAACUUCUUUACAUAGCUGGCAGCGAUGCUGCUUCUAACAGAUUUCUCUUCUGCAGCUCAUCAGUCUGUUAAACAAAUAGCCAAUAAACCUUUAU